AUGGUCCUAGGUAAGUGCUACGCCUGCCACGAGCAGGUUAAAGAGCGUUACUGCGGCCAUUGCAUCAACACAAGUCCACAUUUAAUCCUGAAGCACAGAAUCGAGCUUUACGAAAUUCAGGCCUCCAAUAACGAGCUGCGAGCGCAGGUGGACGAGAUUCUUAAACACGCGAUGGACGAGAGCUCGGAGCCCAAAGACGUCCUGGGGCGGAAUCUGGCUAUGCUCAAAACGGCACAUCUGAAAAGGAAGAUCAACAAGUUUCGCCGCAAAGUCGAGCAGGCUCGCGAUGCAGUGCAGCUAAAAUCCGAUCGUGUGAAGCACCUGCAAGAUCAGUUAAACAAAAACGACGCUGACGAAGUCGACAACUCACGAAUGUUGCAAGACUCGGGCAGCAACCAGAAAGCACAAUUCCAAGCGCUCGAGCCUGGCUUGCGUCAAUUGCAAAAAGUGUUGGCAAAUUCUAAGGCCCUUAAAUUUCAAGAGCUCGUGCGUUUGUUUCGAGUAAGGCGAAGAGAACAUCCGAAGUUUCCAUACACGAUAAGUUUCCAGCCCAUGGUCAACAUCCAACAUCUAUAUUGCCUGCCACAAAACGUUAUAGAGUGCUCCUUGCGAAGCAUGUGGGAGUUCCUGAUUUUAGCCGGAAAAGUGCUACUGGUGGAGCUGCCUUUGAAAGAGGCAGGAACAGACGUUUUGAACAGCCUUACAGGGAUCGUGCUGAAUCUUUUGGUGUUUCUGCGGAGCCUGGACCUGGUUCCUGGCGACUGCAGCGACAAAAGAGCACUUUUAAGAAGCCUGCUGCGAACGUACGAUGUCGACAAGCUGUUCUACUGUAUGAUUAUAAACGAGGAUGUUAACACAGAUAUCAGGAGCAAUGCAGAGACCGCUAUCAGCUACGAGGUGUGUCAUUCGGAGCUGCAAGCGCUGCUCCAGGGAUCUGGAGAGCUGAGCGUUCUGAACAAUUCCGUUGACGAUAAAUGGUUUCUUGUCGGAUGA